AUGUCUCAAGUAAAAGAAUGUCUUCAGAGAUCAUAUGAAUGUUCGAAAGUACCAAAYGCCAUCGCUAAAGCCUGUUUGCAGAAAGUUGAAAAAAAAAACAGUGAAAUUCAAAGAUUAAAGACCUGUCAAACACUAAAGAAUCGAUUCAAGUACGUGCAGCCACGUCGGCGAGAUUUGUGUAAACCAACCUCGCAACCGGCUGUGUGUAAAACGCCCUUCACUGAAGACACCGUAUACAAUCAUUCGUACUACAAACACGAUACGCGUGGAAAUAGGCCGAAACCCAUCAUGCACAAAGACCACUUGGUCAUGGCUGGAAAAUUCCAAGACAAAACUUCUCAAAGGAAAUCUGAGCGGUUCGACAACCUCGUGGUCAAUUCUCGCUUUCCGAUGGCGAGCCUCACCACGAGCUACUGUUCAUAUCAGCCUGUUUGUGCGAAGCGGCAAAACAAUUUUAAACCGAACAUCAGUUACAAGGAACCGGGUGUGUACAUGUAUAAAGAUAAUUCUGACGAUAUAGUUAAUCUCAUGGCGGACAGUAAUAUAACCAAAAACUGUUGUCCAUUCACAUGUUUAUAG